CAAGAUGGCGGCGGGGAUGUAUUUGGAGCAUUAUCUGGACAGCAUAGAAAACCUGCCCUUCGAGUUGCAGAGAAACUUCAACUUGAUGAGGGAUCUAGAUCAACGCACAGAGGAUCUAAAAGGACAGAUAGACUCCCUGGCUAAAGAGUACACAGCCAACGCCCGAACUCUUUCCUCUGAGCAAAAGCUGUCCAUACUGAGGCAGAUCCAACAGUCAUACAGCAAAUGUAAGGAGUUUGGAGAUGAUAAGGUGCAACUGGCCAUGCAGACCUAUGAGAUGGUUGACAAACACAUCAGACGUCUUGACACAGACCUGGCCCGAUUUGAAGCUGACCUGAAGGAAAAGCAGAUCGAGAGCACAGAUUAUGAUUCCACCUCCAGUAAGGGAAAGAAAGUAAGUGUCUGUGUAACUCCAGCUGACUCCAGGCAGAAGGAAAAAAAGUCGGCUAAAACAAGGUCUAAAGUGAAGAGCUCAGAUGAAGACGGCAGUCCCAAGAGUGCACAGAAGAAAGUGAAACUCCUUCAGCCAGGGGAGUUCAACAGCCCUUCUUCCAACUUUGGGAAUGUGCACCCAUCUGAUGUGCUGGACAUGCCAGUGGACCCCAAUGAACCCACCUACUGUCUGUGUCAUCAGGUGUCGUACGGCGAGAUGAUCGGCUGUGACAAUACUGAUUGCUCCAUUGAGUGGUUCCAUUUUGCAUGUGUGGGCCUGACAACCAAACCCAGAGGCAAAUGGUAUUGUCCACGAUGCUCUCAAGACAGAAAGAGAAAAUAAAAACACUCGGUUAAUGUGGACGAUGAUCAGACGAAAAAUGAGAAGAAUAUUUCUUCAUUAGUUACUAGAACUUUUUGUUUCUCAUCUUCCUUACAAUUUGGUGCUUUUGUUAUUUUUGGUUUACUUUGGUUUACCUUGCCUUGGUCUGAUGGAGUGUGUGUGUGAAGGAGCCAAGUAGUUACAAAUGUAUUUAAAUAUUGUUUCGUUUACAGUUAACAAUAAUUUUGAUUUUUUUUUUUCCUGUUACAUUCUGGUGCUCUCAUUGUGACUUCUUUUUUUAUAUUUUGUUUUAUGAGUGAACAAUAAACACUACAACUGUCCCUAAUGAUUUAACAAUUCAAGUUUCCAUGAUACUCUAUACUGUAUUCACAUAUACUUCUCCAAAACAUUAGUAUUUUUUCUGAAAACGGUUUUGCCAUUGGUAAUUCUUUGCUUUGUUGUAUAGUUAGUUUCUUUUGCGUAGCCUUGGAACGCUAGUUUAAUUUUUUCAAAUAUAACAAGGGCAGAAGAAUAUGAAGACAAAUGCUGCAUCCUGACAGUAUUAGUCAUCUGUGGUAGUGAGUUAAAUCAUUUCAUUUUAACAUUUGAUUGAGUGCUGUAUAGACAGUAAGACAUUUUGUGAAAAGUAUUGUCAUUUCUGUAGCUGAAACAUUGGUACAAGGGAGAAGGGGUGAUUGUGUUGUCAAUCAUUUGAA